CAUUUCCAUCACAGCUUGAGUCUGCCCGUAAAAAUCGUGUAAGAAACAAAAUGAAUCCACGUGGAAAUCCGUCGAAAAUGCCGACUCAAAUUGUGUUAAACAGACGUCCAGCAGCACCAGCAAGACCUCAAACAACAUUCACCUCACUGUCCCAAUAUCACAUGUACAAUACGGCGAGCACAUCAUCGGCUCCACCGCCACCACCAAAUCAAAAUUUCGGUCAAAUUCGAGAAGCUAUCCGAACAACUCAGCCGACAACUGUUCAACUUCCGCCGGACUGCAAACUCGUCGAAUACACGUGGCAAGAGAACGGUGAAUCUCGAACGGUUUUAAUUCCAAUGUCGAAUGAUUCUACGGAAGAUGACGUCAGAUCAGCACUUCCCCAAUCGGUUCUAGAAUCGAUAAAUCAGCAUCAAAAUCAGCUUAGACAGGGAAAUGCUCAAGCAGUUCAUUACUAUCAGAAGCAUCAGAAUCCAAUUUCACAUGAAAAACCGAUUAUGGUGAACCCAAGACAGUACAAAAGAAUCAUAAAGCGCCGAGAAAUGCGCCAGAAAAUGGAAGAUUCUGGACGUUUGCCCCUUGAACGACAGAAAUAUAUGCAUGAAAGUCGACGGCAACACGCGUUGAAACGAAGAAGAACCGGCGGAAGAUUUGAUGCGAAUGCUGAAGCAGCAGCAGCAUCCUCGGAACCAUCCAUCUCGUCGGCGGCUCCAUCACCACCGAAAGCACCGAGAGCCCCAACUACCUAUGCGAUGAUCAGACCCGCCACGUCACACCCACCAGUUAACAUUCCAAAAGCGCCAGCCAUGACCUACCGUCCAGUCCAAGAAGAGAAAAAAUCUAUAGAGAGAAUCUCGAAAGCUCAGAUGUUCACAAUUCCAAAGAGACAACAAUAAUUGCUCAGUAUUAUUAAUAACUACAAUUAUUUGAUAUUCAACACACACACAUAAGCUUCGCUAUGAAUAAAUAAUUUAUUUUU